GGUCAGCUGGUUUUUAUAUGAUCACUGAAGUUGUGUUUGUGUUACUGCUUCGUGGGCUGCUGUUACUAUAGUGAAGUAGAAACGUGGGUUACAAUAACAGUUUGUUAAAUUUAUUAUCCUUGUCUCGUUCUCGUUAUUGGAUAAAAGGACAAGCCAAAUGGUGGUAUUUACCUGUCAGAACUGUGGGGAAUCGAUCCAAAAGCCGAAAGUCGAAAAGCACUACAACUCAAGAUGUCGAAACAGAGAUGUUAACCUUACAUGUGUUGAUUGUUUAAAAGAUUUUUUUGGUCAAGAUUACACGUCCCACACGAAAUGUGUGACUGAGAUGGAGCGCUAUUCUGCUCAUGGCACUAUCAUCAAAGAGAAUAAAGGACAAAAGAAACAGGACAAAUUUGUUGAAAUGAUCCCUAAUCUGCUCAACUCGAAGAACCUAACCAUUCCCCAAAGGAAACUAUUAGAACUCUGUUCCAAAUUUGACAAUGUUCCAAGGAAGCGGCCAAGGUUCAAAAAUUUUCUUAUGAAUGCUGCCAGACAUAUAAAAUAUAGUUCUGACGAUGUAGACUCUGUUUUUGAUAUCCUUGAAAAUGCUCUGAAAGAACUCAACCAAUCUGAUACUAACAAGGAAGAGGCUGCUGACAAAACACCAAAAACUGACAAGGACAAGAGCAGUGUGAAAGAAGCUACUGAGACUCACGAGGACAUGUUGCCUGUUGAUAGCACUCAUGAUGAAUCAGAAACAAAGAAAAAAAAGAAAAAGGACAAAAACAGACAUUCUUCAGUAGAAGGAAGCAUGGCAAUAGGAAACAAAGAUUGUGAUGAACCUGGAGAAGAAACCAAGGAGAAUGUAAACGAAUUAUCCAAGAAAAAGCUGAAAAAACAAAAGAAAUAUGAAAAAUAUCUUGCCGAACUGGAAAAUGGAACAAAACAAGAAAAGGGUGAAGAUGAAAUAAGUGAUGAAAAAAUGGAACUCGAUCAAAGUUUUAAUGAAAAUCAUAAAAAAAGUAAAAAGAAAUCAAAAAAAUAUCAAACUGAACAAUUAAAUCAGCAAGAAAAUGGGUUUGAAUCUGAAAACACUGAAGGUAAAAAGAGUAAAAAACGAAGACGUGAUGAAUCCAUUUGCGAUGUGACUGAGAAAAAACUAAAAGGGGAUACAAUAGAAGAUGAAGAGCCUACUUCUCAAAGCACAUUCGACUGGGCUGAUGUAAUUACUCGAGUGCUGGAGUCUCGUCCAGACAAGGAACUGUCAUUAAAAAGACUAGGAAAAAAAGUCAUUGAUGAAUACCAGACAGUUAAAUCAGACCAUCGAAGUUACGAAGAACUAUUGGCAAAGUUCAAUAAGAAAGUGAAAAAAGUGAAGGGUGUAAAAGUACUUAAAGACAAGGCGAAACUUGCAGAAGAAUGUUAAAGAUGUAUCAUGUAGAUGAAUUGUUUCCAAGAACUGUUCCAUUUUUAUAAAGCUUUUAGCAAUACUGAGUGAAAAUAAAAUUGACUUUAUAAAAGAGA